GUUCUCUUCUUCACCUUUGUUCGGCCAGGUUGCCCGGUUUACAAUCUUUACACCUUUCGUUCGUAUUCUUUGGGUUGGCCUUACUCUCUUGAAAGCAGGUAAAGUAUAUGAUCAUUGAAACGGGUUAUCACUGACAUCGACCCCAGAACACACAUCUCCUCCACGAACAUUUUCAGAACCAUGUUCUCCACAAUCGCUACUUCUUUCGUUGCCUUUGCUCUUGCCACUGGUGCUAUGGCCGGCCCUCUGGCCGCUAAGCGUACACUCGGGAAGCGCCAUUCAUGUGCAUGCAAUAAAACAUCGUCUGACCAUACAACAGCUGCUCGUGGUGAAAUCUCAUUCGACAACUGGGGCGGCAUCAGCUCCCUCCAAGGAUUCGAUAACUUCUACGGCUCUGAUGACUUCGCGCACUACAAGCACUUCUCGCCAGUUGUUGUGCGCCAGGACGAGCCUGAGCUCGUCUGCCACUCCGAGCAAGUCGUUAUCGUCCAACAACGCCUCGCGGUCUUGCAGGAGAUGGCCAAGAAAAUCAUCACCGAGCAGCUUUGCGAAGUUGAGAGCCAGUCGAUUGUCUUCCAACAAUACUACGCUUCCCUUGGAGGGUACAGCCAUGACCUGACCCGUUCCUCUGGUCGCCAUGUUGGCUACGACGGCCAUAUCGCCUCGUACUACAACUCUAUCUACAACUCCGAUGGAAGCCUCUCCAACUACGACUUCAACUUUACCGGAUCGGACAUCGGCUCCAACUAUUACGUGCCCACCAGCAACUGGAACGACCAGACCUCGUACUCGAGCGUCAACAGCGCAUACCAGGCUUCCCAAGCCGCAUCGUACUACUCGUACUAA